CUUGAGUUCAAUUGUGUACCGUCUGUGUUGAAUGGACAAACACGUUGUUUUCAUUUUCCAUUGUCAUUUGUUGUUGUUUGUUUGUUUGUUUGCCGGUUAUUUUUGGAAAAUAAUUUGUUUGUUUCAAAGAAUUUGGAUCAUUUUUUUCAACUUUACAUCAUCAUCAUUUGUCCAUCAUAACAUUAUAAUCGAACAAAAAUGGCUGCUCCACAAAAACCAAAAAGUGAAAUGUCACAAGAAGAACUUCAAAAACUUGAAGAAGAAGAAUUCAAUACUGGUCCAUUAUCGGUAUUAACACAAUCGGUUAAAAAUAAUACUCAAGUAUUAAUUAAUUGUCGUAAUAAUCGUAAACUGCUUGGUCGUGUAAAAGCAUUUGAUCGUCAUUGUAAUAUGGUACUUGAAAAUGUAAAAGAAAUGUGGACCGAAGUUCCAAAAAGUGGUAAAGGUAAAAAGAAAGCUAAACCCGUUAGCAAAGAUCGUUUUAUAUCGAAAAUGUUUCUACGUGGUGAUAGUGUUAUACUUGUAUUGAAAAAUCCAUUGGCUACCGAAGCAAAACAUUGAUUGAUGUCAUCCAAGCAACAAAAAA